AUGCAACAUGCUGAUUUCCUUAGCAGAAAUCCGCUCUCGCUGAAUGUUAAUGUUAUGACAAGAAACUUGGAAUGGCUUAACGUAGAACAGCGACGAGAUGCCCAGCUCCGUCCUGUCAUAGACUCUUUACACAACGGUGAUAUCGUUCCAGGAUAUUUGCUUGAAAGUAACGUUCUUAAGCGUGAAAGAUCAGAUCCGAUUUUAGGUGUACAAAAAUUGACUGUAGUACCAAAGUCCUUUCAGUGGAGUCUAAUAAACACAUACCACACUGCCCUCAAGCACCCAGGAUGGGACAAAACUCUUCAUAAAAUUAGAGAGACUUACUACUUUGAGAAUAUGAUUGCAAUCAUCCGAGAUUUUGUAAAUAACUGUGUUAUCUGCAGAACAUCGAAGCAAACAUCUGGAGCAACGCAAGUACAAAUGCAUCCAAUUUCAAAGCCUACUAUGCCAUUUGAAGUUAUACAUAUGGAUGCUACAGGAAAGCUUGGCACACCUAAUGAUCAGGAAUAUGUCAUUGUGACCAUAGAUGCGUUCUCAAAGUAUGUAUUACUGCGCUAUUGCAAUGACAAAAGCCCACAUAGCACACUUGGAGCAUUAAAGCAAGUUAUAAAUCUUUUUGGAACACCUAGGCAAAUUAUUGUGGAUGGUGGGCGUGAAUAUUUAGGUGAAUAUAAAAAUUAUUGCGACAGAUUUGGUAUCAAUAUACACACUAUUGCACCAGGCGUCACCAGAGCGAACGGACAGGUAGAAAGCGUCAUGUCAACUCUAAAGAACGCACUCAUUAUGAUUAAGAAUUACGAGACCCCAGAAUGA